AUGUGGAGUAACCUGUUUCUCUUGGCCGAAGUCGCCAGCUCGGAGUAUGAUCGACUCCACUGUGAUCUCUCUGAAGCAAAAGCCGCCAUUGAAGGGCCUGUCGAUGAACCCAGACAGGACACUGCAUUGCUCCUCGACCCUCUUGUCUCUGUUCCAACAAGAAAGCGCUCACCUUCUUUCGUUAGACGACCUUCACAAAAACUUCCUCUCCGAUUUUCUUCUUCUUCCCUUGCCGAGUGCAAACGCCGUAUGAAGCGUCCAUUGCUGGAAUCGGAAGAAGAAAAACAGAGCACUCAGUUGAAGAAACGGAAGAAGUACGAUUCAGGGUCCACCUCCAAAAGCCCGGUGCCUCCAAGAGAAGCUCCGCUGUGGCUUUUGAACGUGAUGAGAGAGAUGAACGGCUACGCACCCAAGCUGGUCAUAGAGAAGAACCUCUUCAAGUCGGACAUUAACCGAAACCUCGGCCGUCUCGCCAUCCCGACGAACCACGUCGUCGAAAAGGAUUUCUUGACGGCCACGGAGGAGAGGAUGAUCGACGAGAAGUGCAGGCUCAAGACUAGUGAUGUGGACGUGGUGGCGGUUCUCGUGGAUCCACUCCAUCGGAAAUGGAAUGUGGUGUUGAGGAGAUGGGACAUGGCCAAGGACUCUGGGAACUGCUCUUCGAUUUUCGUCUUCGUCUCUACUUGGAACUCCAUCGUGGAUGCCAACGGCUUCAAGGAAGGAGACCCGAUCGAGCUCUGGUCGUUCCGGUCUCAAGGCAGACUCUGUUUUGCCUUUGUUCCUCCCAGACGAAGUUCCUUGUGCUCCGGCCAAUGCAGCUCUGCUCUCUGA